GCAGAGUAAGGUGGGUCAUGCCGUCGCCAUCCUUGGAAAACCCAAAUUUGCGGCACAUUGGUGUUGUUUACUGGGCUAGUGACUCCAAGGAGGUUUUUACGAUUCUGAGCGCCUGCUGACAGCCUUCCCUACAGUUGACAGAGAUACUCAGUUUAACCGAAGGAGGAAGGCAUGCUGCCUUUAGUUGGAGCUGAGUUGACACCAGUGCAGCUCUAUCGACAUCUCCUCAGAUGUUGCAGGCAGUUACCAACCCCAGCAAUGCAGAAACAUUAUCGACAUGCCAUAAGACAGGGUUACAUCAGUCACUCCGAUGAAGACGACCAAGAGAGGAUACAAAUGAUAAUCCAAAGAGCUAUUGCUGAUGCAGACUGGAUUCUUGAUAAACUGGUUUCAGUCACGUGACACCGGCUCUGAACGAAAACGCGUCGUGGAUUAGACAGUAUACAAAGAAGAAGUGAAGUUCAUAAUCCAUGAAUACGUCCUCGGGUGUAGCAUUUUGCAGAGCUGCACCUGACAUGAAUCAUAGUGGUGGAUGCACCGUUUCUAUGUCUGACUUUUGAGUGCCCAUUGUGUUAUUUGUCCUCGUUAUUGUGGGGAUGUGAACAGUCAUGGUCAAGUCAGCUUUAUUGUCAGAUGUGCUAUACAUGAAAUUUCAGUCCUCUCGGACCCCCGGUGCAAAGCAAACAUGAUGAAAGGAAGGCCUCACGAGUCAUCGACUCUUAUACUAUACUGUAUGAAAUGACUGCUCAAUUGAAUAUAAUAUUCACUAUCUAUAAAAAAAAAAGUGUAAAUACUGUUCUUAGAUUGAAAUGAGUUGACUAUAUACUGAAUUCAAUAAAUUAUUCUCAAUAUGUAUA